AUGGGGGCUGGAAGAGGGAUUUCCAUUUUUCAUGUUGUAUUGCAUAGGCUUUGCAGGAUUAGAAGUCUAACUAUUGUUGCAUGGCUCUAUAUUUGCACUGGAACAAGAUUGAGUCUCAGCAUUGAUCAACUUGCCAAGAAAGAAGUUUGCAGUCUUCUGCGAUUAUUCCGGUUUGCACUAGGAUCUUUUCAAUACAGAGUGAUACGCACGAAGACAGCUGUUGCUGUUGGGACCCUUACUUUUCUUGGUGCUUUUUCCUUACUACUCUGUCAUGAUGAGGGUGUGGCCUAUGACAUUAAAAGUGGUGCAUCUUUGCUUUCACCAACGGCCUUUGCUUUAGGAUCAAUUAACUUUGCUGAUUAUGAGCGUGCUCAUGUUGGCCUUCGUGGAGCAACAUAUGGCGCGCAUCAUCUGGCGUGA